GGGGGGGGGGGGAUAUAGCUCGAAAAUAAUUACUGUAAUUUAAAGGUGAAUGAAAUUUUCCAGUAAUAUGUCCAGCAUAGAAUUCAAAGAAAAUAGUGAACGCUAAGAAAUUUAAAACUCUCAAGUGUUAAAGUAUAAAACUGUAAGGUUGCCAAUCUUGCAUACUUACCAAGAAGGAAGGCCAUGGAAGUUGGUGGGUCAUACACACACACAUAUACAGUAUAUAUAUAUAUAUACACACACACACACACAUAUACAUACAGACACACAUAUAAGACCCACAAACUUCAGUUGGCUUUCCUUCUUGGUAAGUAUGUGUGUAUAUAAAUAUACUAUUGAGUAAGUGUGUGGAUAUGAAUAUAUAGUAUUUAGUGUGUGUAUACACACACACACUAAUAUAUAAAUAUACACAGACACUAAUAUAUAGAGAUAUAUAUACACACUCAAAUAUAUAUAUCCACACACUUGCUCAAUAGUAUAUUUAUACACACAUACAGACAUGAGAGCUGUGAAGGACUAUUAGAUGAUGUUGAAAUUGAUAUAAUAUUGUAGAAACCGGAAGGAAAUAAGGCUGUUUAAAAGUCUCAGAGUGAGUUGUUGUAGCUUCUGCAACCGGAAAUACGUUUACUUAUUACUUGGAAGUCCCAAAUAUUUGUAUUUAUGGGUAAGAGGCUAUGUGGUAGCCGCUGCCUUAAGACAAGACCAGAAAUGCAUUUACUUAAGGAAAAAAAAUUAUUUCAGUGAGAAUGAAGCUCAGCUAUAGACCACGCAUUUCUUCCGCUUUCAUGCUGUGUCUGUCCUUAUAUGAAAAUUAAUCAAGUUGGAAAUAUACAAGUCUCCUUGGAAAUAACAUUUCUGCACAGAAUAAAGAAACGCGCAGAUUAUUUAUUAUCUUUUUCUAUAAUUCCAAACCAACUUUUCUCCCCUCUAGAUACUUGAAUAGUCUUUGUUCAGGAGCCAGCAACGUUAGGAAUACAGAGAGAUUAUUGUUUUGCUCCAAUGUAGUAAAUCGAGCCUGAUUCUCCCUAAUCAGAAAUGAAAAGCUGCUGCCAUUUCCGAAGCCAAAAAUGCAAAAAAAAAAGAAAACAUGGGAGGAAUCCUGCUGUUAAGAUUAUUUCUUUCCUUCAAGGAGGAAGGAAGUUCUGUGAACAUAUUUCACAACAGCUGACUCUCGAUUUUAAACAAAAAAAAUGACGCAAGGCUUCCCUCUUUCCAGGAAAGACAAAAAGUAAUAACACGAUACAUGUGUUUUUUGUCUUUUUGUUACUGCUAUCUCUAUGCAGACAUAAAUAGUUCCAAUUAUCUCACGAAAGUAACCAUAGUAGCUACCAAAUCCUUAUGGGAAACGUUAUUUUGCGUGUGUAGGUGGGGUAGAUUAUUAUUAACUCCUGCGCCCUUUUAUUUCUGCUCAGAUAAGCGAAAUGUUAAGGACUUCUUGUAAUCGCCAAUAUUCUGGUGUUUUUAAGGAAGAAGUGUCUAUUCUGUUUUUCUCUUUCGAGAUUGGCCUCUUGGAGCACAAGGAGAAAAGACAUUAAUUGAGACUAAUGAAAAACAUGCGCUUUCCACACACGAAUCCAAUUAACACACGAUUCUCCUACUAUUUGACAGCCUCUAGCUGUUUUAGACACACUGGGUAAAAACAAAACGAAACACUAGAACCCUUUCCUUCUUCUCCCCACUCUUAAGCUCGGUUUUUGAGUCCCAAAAGCCACAGCUAAAGAAGAAAAGAGAAAACAAUAAUUAAAAAAAGACAGAAAUAAAGCCACAGGAAUCCGUGGGAGAAGACAAAGCCUUCAAAUGUCACAGCCACUGAGUAUUUCCCCCAUUACUUUAAUUCACAACACUGGCCUUGAUCGGAUAGGGCCAUAUCAUUUUAUUGUUGUUGUUGUUGUUCUUAUUCUGGGGGUGGAGAGACUAUAAUAACCCUCCGCCUCGUCCCCAUAUUGCUCCCAGAAGCCCCAUAGAAAGUGCCAGGGAAACAAUAAGUAUUCAGACCUUCUUGGAGAAGGCGAUGCCAGAAAAAGGGGGGAGAAAUGCCAAGGGGGGAGCAAGGAGGGCUCUCCAAUCCAGACAUGGUUCAGGAAGGUUCUCCAGGAGAAGAGGGGUGGAGGAAGCAUUACUAAACCCCCACAAUCCAACCCAUACAUGUAUACGCUUCCCCAGCUCUAGCAUGGCACUAGUUCUUCCUCUCCAGACAGAAGGGGUGGCUAUGCUUCAAGGAAAGAGGCAGGAAGGCUCACAUACCAAGAAGCCCCUCUGCAGUCAACUUGAUCGAGGCGGGUGGGUGGGUCUCAUGGUUUGUCCUCCAAACAAACAUCCAUGUUCUGUCCCUUCUCUCUAGCUGCUCUGUUUCCCCCUUUCCAGUUUCGAUUGUUCAUUUCUUUCUCCACGUGGAUGAAGAAGCCUCCUUCCUCCAAAUAUAUAUAUACACUAAUAGCAUUUGGAAGUACUACACACACAUGUAACUAGCUCCCAAAGCUGCGUGUUUGUGCCAGAAUGUCAACGGAUCAGCGAGCAACCCGCUGCUGGAGUUUCCCGGAAGGAGGGGGAAAGAAACACAGCGUUGGAGUGGAUCUGGAAGUGUGGGUUCGUGGGAAGGGCUCCCCGAUGUGUCUCCGGCGACCCUUGGCUCUUAAGGUGCCCCAUAAAGAGCCCCAAACCCCCCCUCUUUGGGCUCUUUCCCCCCUGCCUUCCUCUCCCCUCGUCUGUUCCGGCGCGUGAAAGGAAAAGAGGCAGAUCCGAGGGAGACAGGCUUCUCUUGGAUUUGACUUUUCGCCUGCCAGCCUCCCGAUCGCUCUGAACUCAGCGGCACAGUAUUAUUUACAGUGCAGCUUCCCAAAGUACAACACAAUAGUAUAAUUUAACCUUUCCAGGCACUCGUAAAUUUUUACUGCCGCGAAACACAGCGAUGCAAAUGAAUAUGCUCGUCGUUACUGACUUAAUAACAACCCGGUGGCUCCCGAGACAAUAACUCCUUAUGAAAUAGAAUAAAUAUAGAUUUAAAUACAGCACGCCGCCCAAUGUUAUUUUGCUUUUUUCUUUUCUUUUUUAUGGCUUCAAUUAUUGUAUAAUUUUAUGUGAAGGUCUCCCAUCAGUAAAAAAAAAUAAAAAAAAUAAAAUAAAGGAAGCCUGUCUUAGUUUUUCCCCCCUCUCCUUUCUUGGAUUCUCUCCCUUUCCCAUUUUUAUACAGAACUCCAGCCUUUGAUGGGAUGAUUAAUUAUGAUAUAAAAUAGUCUCUUCUAUCAAAGGAGGGUAAUACCGGGUUGCUGUGAGUUUUCCGGGCUGUGUGGCCAUGUUCCAGAAGCAUUCUCUCCUGACGUUUCGCCCAAAUCUAUGGCAGGCAUCAUCAGAGGUUGCUGAUGACUGUUGGAGACUAGGCAUAUCUGUGGAAGGUCCAGGGUGGGAGAAAGAACUUUUGUCUGUUGGAGGCAAGUGUGAAUGUUUCAAUCAAUCACCUUGAUUAACAUUGAAAAGCCUUGCAGUUUCAAAGCAUGGGUGCUUCCUGCCUGGGGAAUCCUUUGUUGGGAGGUGUUAGCUGGCCCCGAUUGUUUCAUGUCUGGAACUUCUCUAUUUUCGGAGUGUUUUUCUUUAUUUAUUGUCCUGAUUUUAGAGUUUUUUAAAUACUGGUAGCCAGAUUUUGUUCAUUUUCAUAGUUUCCUCCUUUCUGUUGAAAUUGUCCACAUUGUGGAUUUCAGUGGCUUCUCUGUCUAGUCUGACAUGGUGGUUGUUAGAGUGGUCCAGCAUUUCUGUUUACUCAAAUAAUACGUUGUGUCCAGGCUGGUUUAUCAAGUGCUCUGCUAUGGCUGACUUCUCUGGUUGAGUUAGGACCCUUCCACACAGCCAUAUAACCCAGAAAAUCCCAAAAUAUCUGCUUUGAACUGGGAUAUCUGAGUCCACACUGCCAUAUAUUCCUGUUCAAAGCAGAUAAUAUGAGAUUUUAUUCAGUUGUGUGGAAGGGGUCUUAAUCUGCAGUGCCUUUCCUGCUCCUUGAUUCGUGUUUGGGCGCUGUCUUAGUCCCCCCCUCUUCUUUUUUGGAUUCUCACCCUUCCCCCCCUUUUUUUUUUGCAUAGGACGCCAAUCUUUGAUGGGAUGAUUAAUUAUGAUACAAAAUAGUCCCCUCUUUCAAAGGAGGGUACUCAUACCCAUCCUCCCCUUUCCCCCUCCCUAUAAAAAAAGGAGAAAAACCCUAAUGUUUUAAUCUUAUUUGCUGGCCACAAAAACCAAAAGUUUGCUUGUCCUGUCCGACUCGCCCCUUUUACAUUAAAAAAACCCUAUAAAAAUGAUGACUCGAAAACACUGACCCAUUAAUAGCCUGCGGACUGAUUUAUACUUUAUUGUUCUGCCGCCCGGCCACGUGAGGCGCGGCAGCCAAUGAGAAGCCCGGUCCGCCUUCAACUUAUUAGGUGACUGUACUUCUUCGCCAGGACCAAGUUGUGACAUGAAAUCUGCCGUUUCAUAAUUUCGCCGGGUCUUUGCCUCUCUCUCCUCCUUCCUUCCUUCCUUUCUUUCUUUCUCCCCCUUCUCUUCUUUUUCCUCCCUUCCCCUUCCGCCCCGGCGAUGACUUCCUCGGGGACGCUGAGUAACUACUACGUGGACUCCUUCCUGCUCCACGAAGGCGGCGAGGAGCUGGGCCCCUCCGCGGCGCGCUACGGCUCGCUGCCUUUGGGCCAAGUGGGCUCCCGGGUCGCGGCCCCCGAGCACGCCGACUUCGCCGCCUGCAGCUUCCAGGCCAAGGCCUCCUCCUCGGUCUUCUCGGCCUCCUGGAGCGCCCCGCCGCCGCCGCCUCCGCCGCCGCCUCCGGGCUCCGGCCACGUCUACCACCCCUACGUGCACCACCCGCCCCCGCUGCCCGCCGCCCCCGACGGCAGCAGGUACCUGCGCUCCUGGCUGGAGCCUCUGCCCGGCGGCUCCUUGGCCUUCCCCGCCUUGCCGCCGCCCGGCCGGCCUUACGGCAUCAAGCCCGAGCCGCUCCCGGCCCGGCGGGGGGACUGUCGCACUGCCUUCGAGCCGCACAGCAACGCCCUCCCCCUGACUGACUAUGCCUGUGGUUCCCCCCCAGCUGAACGGGAGAAGCCCCCCGGAGACGGGCCGCCCUACGCCGAAAGCCACGCCGAGAGCGAGGCCGGAGCCGGAGCAGCAGCAGGGGACAAGAACCACAUCGAUCCCAACAACCCGGCGGCCAACUGGCUCCACGCGCGCUCCACGCGGAAAAAGCGCUGCCCUUACACCAAGCACCAAACGCUGGAGUUGGAGAAGGAGUUUUUGUUCAACAUGUAUCUGACCAGGGACCGACGGUAUGAGGUGGCCCGGCUGCUGAAUUUAACCGAGAGACAGGUCAAAAUCUGGUUCCAGAACCGGAGGAUGAAAAUGAAGAAGAUCAACAAGGACCGAGUGAAGGAGGACUGAGUGGGUCUCGCGUGGCAGGUUCCUCGUGGCUCAGAAACACCCCUCCUCUCCCCCUUUUCACCUACGAAUCCCUCCAUCUUCCAAUGAGACUCUGUCCACUCCAGGCCUCGCCUGACUCACUUUUUAAUUUUUAUUUAAUUUUUUCAUUUUAUACAAAAACUACUACUACAACAAAAUCCUUUGACGGUUUGUUCUCUUGGCUCUUGAAUGUACCUCGCCAGCGUGCAGGGAGAUAAAUGGCUGGGACCUGGUGCUAUUGAAGAGGUACCACGACUUUAAAUCUAUCUCUAUACCUACAGACAGGGAAAGAAAUAGAUCUGAUCCCUCAUCCUAGGCAAGACAAACACGGGAGGCUGGUUUUGUUGGCUUGACUAAAUCUACCUGUCCUUCAUUGAAAGAAAAAAAGAGAAAGAAUGAAAGUAAACUACCUUUUUUAAUGCACAAUUCUUUACGGACUGUAUAGGUUAGUCGAAAAAUAGUUAAUUUUAUUUGCUUUUUGCGCGGCAGGCAGAGAGAGGUCUGCUUUUAAUACUUGAACACUGUGUUUUUAAUUGUGGUAAUUAUGUUUGUGACUCGGUUUUUUGUGCUUGGGUGCUGUAUCCGAUGUGGUCCUGUAAGCUAGAAUUCAAUUUGAACUCAGGUUGUUUAAUAUAAAGGUUUGCAUAAAGGAUAGCUCUGUAGUGUACAAACCUUCUCCUUCCCUGCAUCAUUAGCCAGUUAAUCUUGAAUUGCAAUGGGUAGGCUGCAGGGCUGCAAUUUGCUCUGUCCCUAUCCCAACGAGAGGAAAAAAUAUGUAUAUAUAUCCAUAUACAUAUGUAUAUAUGAAUAUAUAUGGAAGAGGAAAGGGCUCAUGGCUCCUUUGACCCAUUUGCUUUCGAACCAAUCCUUUAAGUGCACACACUUGAUCUAUAUAUAUAGUACAGUCUUCGUCAGUUGUGUAUAUAUCUAUAUAUACAUAAAUAUAAUCUAUAUAUUAAAGAAAGAAACCCUUAAUUAUCGGACUAGCUUGAAUAUUGUUUUGCACCCGUGAGCAGUUUUCAGAUACCGGAGCUAUGCCUAUUAUGUGGGGGGGAAAUAAAGACAAGCAAAGAAAGGCAACUACCUAUGGUUUACGUUUUAAGUUUAAUCAAAUCGUUGGAUUCUUACUGUAAUGAAAGUUUAAUUUUAUUGAUAAUAAAUUAUACGCUCGAAAAACUA